AUGGGAAAGCGGAAAGAGAAAGAGAAGAAGCCGGAGACGGAAGAAGGAAGUCUCGAGAGCCCCAGAACUCAAUCUCUUUGGGUUCUAGCCGUCAUUUUCAUAGGUGAGUAAAUUUCUGUUUUCACGCCGAAAGAUCGAUUUGAGACAAAAUUAUAAAAGGCGAUUUUUAUAAUCUCAUCAUACAAGUGCGUUAAAAAUGAGCGAAUUUUUCUCUCAUCGGAUCAAAACAUCGGGCAAACGUCGUGUUCAUGUAGCGGAAGUACUCGUGUAGCUCCUAGAGUUCAUUGUGUGAGUCCGAACGAAAAUCUGGCAAACUUCUUGCUCAGCCAGCGUCCUUGUUUCGAUGACGGCGCGGUAGAAAUCACGUAG